AUGGGAAAUACUAAUACACAACCUCUUCAUGAAACAAAAGAUGUUGAAGAUAUGUCUAUUAUUAAAGAAAAAGUAAACCCGCAAGUUGAUAUUCAAGAACAACAAAUAACAAAGAAUAUAACUUAUAAAGAAAUAGAGUAUCCAACUAAAAGUUGCAAUGUAGUAGUUAACAAUCCAUAUAAACGAUGGUCAUGUUUAUUUCAUUCAUUCAAUGAAUCUGAUGAACAAGAAAAACAUUAUACUGAACAAGGAUUUGUAUCAGAAAAAAUGAAUUAUAAAGACUGUCCGAAUAUGAAUAAUUUUAUUGAUCAUUCAGUUAAAAAAUAUUAUGUAAAAAAGAGAGUAGAUACUAAAAAAAUUAGUAACAGAACCAAAUCUGGACCUUCAUCAAGAUUUUCUCCAUUCUUAGUUCCUAUAUUACCUAAACCUGCUUCAAUAAAAGAAAUACAUAAAGUCAAUAAAUUAAAGAAAUGGACUAAUUUAUCAUAUUUUAGAAUGGUGUAUUUUAGUGGUAUAGAUGAGUUAUCAACAAGAGGAUUUUUAAGUAAAGUCUGUGGAUUAAAUAAUCUAUUAAUAAUUGUUACAACUCCAUCAAACGAAUGUUUUGGAGUUUUCAAUGGUUCAACAUUACCAGCUCAAAUUACUAGUUUGACAUAUAUUGAAAGUGAUUUUUUCUUUUUUUUUAUCUUCACCAAUAAUGGUGAAACAUUUAAAUUUAAAAGAAAAGCAACAAGUCAAACUAAACGUAGUCUUACAUUAUAUCCAUCAACUGAACAAGAAUUUAUAUUUUGUGCUUUUUGUUCAUUUUGGAUUACAAAUAAAGGAAGAAUAGGAAUUCAUCCUUUAAUGAGAGAUCAAUUUGAUUUAAGCUCUGUUGUAAACCCACUUGGAGGGAUAAAUAAAACUAUUAAAGAAUUAAUUGUAGUUCAUUGUUAUUAA